AUUAAGUCAAGUUAGGUUUUCACACUCACUGUGUGACGGAUUUGCAGUUUUAUUAUUUAUCUAAGAAAAUUACUUAUAUUAGUGACAGUGCUUUGUCAUUGAUUAAUUUUGUCCGUCUUCUUGUAAUUCAAUCAGGGAAUAAAUGGAGAAAAAACCGAAAGUUAUCGUCUUUGAUUUAGAUUAUACCUUGUGGCCGUUUUGGGUAGACAGUUUUGUAGAACCACCAUUUAAGAAAGGAACACGAAAUAAAGUAAUAGAUGCACGUGGCCGUGACGUAGACCACUAUUCUGAUGUUCCUGAUGUAUUAAAACAGUUAUCAGGAGAAGGAUAUGAACUGGGUAUAGCGUCACGUACAGCAGAGAUAAAGGGGGCUAAACAAUUAAUAGAUGCAUUUGGCUGGAAGAAAUAUUUCAAAUAUGUUGAAAUAUUUCCUGGUAGCAAAGUCACACAUUUUUCUAACAUUCAAAAGAGUUCUCACAUUGAUUAUAAAGAUAUGAUAUUUUUUGACGAUGAGGCUAGAAAUAUCAUGGAAGUUGGUAAACUUGGAGUACAUGCUGUAUUAGUUGAAGAUGGUGUCUACGACGCACAAAAGUUUACGAAUUCGGUAGAAUUUACCUGCACCUUAUAUGUAGCAAUGUAAUCGAGACGAGCGAACUUUGUUCGGCGAAAUUGAAAUGAUAAUUCGCUUGAAAAGUUCAACCUCUCCUCGAUGGUUGUCGACCGCAUCAGUAUUCUCUGUUAUCUCUAUUCAAGCAAGAAUCAUCAAAGAACAGUACACGUUGCAUUUUGCAUUUGUUGUCAGGGAUACACUUUAAUUGUUAUAAAGUGCCGUACAUGACUAGGUAGAUUCUAGAUGUAUAGUAUAGUAUAUGUAUAUAUAUACACGGCUACUGGAGUAACAUGUAUACUUUUAUGAUUUGUCCCUUAAUUGUCAUCUUUAUAAUACAAAUAAUUUCUAGAUCGUUGUACAUUGUUACGUUACCGAUCCGCUUACGCGAAAUUUACUUACAUCUCU